AUGGAGCGACCGCUGGCACUGCCGUAUGACGUGGCGCCCCUCUAUCAUCCGCUCGCAAAACUGGUAAGGAAAGGGGGCACGGACCACAUGUACGGGUACACUUUUACGAGCUAAUUCCGUUGGAAACUCCCCCAAUACCAUUAGGGCGACGGAAACUCAAAACGACCCGAAAAACGAAGAAACAAAAAAGUGAAUGCUAGAGUACUUUGGUAACAUAUUUCUCUUUGCUUAUUUCAUUCAUUUCGUUCCCGUUGGUAUUUGUUUCCCAUUAAAAGCUCAGAGAGCCCCUCUAAUGCCGUGGGACUAUAUUGAAUAUCAAAUCCCUUCCUCCCUCUGCUCUCACCCAUCUCUCUUUCCCAUUUUCAGAACAUGGAGCACUCGAUGAUGCCUGUCAUUUCGAUCACGCGCACCCGCCGCUGCUCCGUGAGCUCUCCCCUCAGGUAAGCCGUUGCACCUGUCUGCCUGCCUUCUCCUCCUCCACCUUCUUCUGAAAUUCAAACUUUUCCGGCUUCGUGCGCGCUCGUUUCGUGCACAUUCAUCAAAAUUUGAACACGAAACGAGACGACGCGGCCGUAUGUCACUUUAGCCUCCGAAGCCGCCCGUUUUACGAGAUCCUCAAAGUCAUAAUGGGAGCGAAAGCACUGAAGUCUAGUCUUUCGUCUUUUUCCAUUUUUCGUCCUUUUUUCUUCUGUUUUCCGCUCCCGUUUUGGCAAUGAUUGACAUGUCGAAAACCGCGACCGAAACCAAUCAGCUUCGGGGGCGGCAGCGCCGUAAAUCAGAAGCGGAGCACGGAAAAUGAUUGAGAAUUGCCCGUUUUCGUUUCUAGAUUCACUCGCACGUUUUCGGAAGACUCGCUCGAUUCGUUGGAGAAGAAUGGACGCAAAGAAUUGAGAAGACAGCGAAUCAUGGAGAACGGAGAGUGCGUUGGGAAGGUGAGCAAUCUGUAAUCAUCUACAAUAUCUAGUUCCAUUUCAGGAGAAGAACUCACUGAGCCCUCUGGCCCACACAACCUGCCCUCAUCUCGGUCAAAUGGGCCGAUCAAGAACUGAAGGCACCGAGUCGGAAAGUCUCCGUCUUCCGCUAACGGUAUCCGUUCAGAUUGCCAUCUCCGAAUGCUUUCUUAUUGAUUCUCUCAGGCCAAACGAUCCACUGGAGAUCUUUCGUGUCCGCCGUCGCCAACCCGUCGCAAUUUGAACGAAGUCAUUGGUAAGUGAAGGACAUUGUCCACAAAAACCCGCUGGUCAUUCAGGACUGUCCGCGUACCAACAGAAGCUUCUCGUUCAAAGUUGGCCCAACAUUUUCACGACUGGCGCGAGCGGCCCGUUUGCCACCAGUCUGUACGCCACUCUGAGUAACCGGAACGCCAAAGCCAGACAGCUUCUGGCAAAGGCCAAUGGGGUGGCGGUGUUCUCGAACAACGAUAUGGACUGCACGGUGAUGCACUGUCGGGUUACUGUAGAGAUUCUGGACACGGUCAUCAAGAACCUCGACAACGAGCACACUCGGAUCACGAACUAUUUGACAGAAGUGGGCAGACAGCACCGUCAUCUGAAGGCCGAGGGACUUUCGAGCGCCGUGUGGGACGAUCUGGGCGACGCGAUCAUGGACUGUGCGAGGAGACGGUGCGAGGCGGUCAGGAAGCACAAAGAACUGCGCAGAGCCUGGCUCGCCAUCAUUGCCUAUAUCAUGGAUAAUCUGAAACAGGUAGACAACAGAUCCGAGGACACUUUUGAAAUUUCUCGUUCAGGGUCACUCUAUGACACGUGCCAGUUCGAGCUACGACCUGACUUACGACCCAUCCAAAGUGCCUUGCGCCAAGAAAAACUCGAGUAACUGA